AGUGCGCAGAUGCGCCGCCGGAGCCCCUCCUGCCCGCUGUCUGAGCUCGGAGAGGAGGCCGAGGCCGGCAGCUGAAGCGGCAGCCGAAGCUCAUGGCUCCCCGAGCGGGCGGCUGAGAAGAGAGCGUGCGUGGCGCUGGACGCUGCUGACCCCCCCCCCCCCCCAGCCCCGGUGAAGCGACGGCUGGGCCCUGCCGCGGCGGCUCGGCGACAGCUCUUUCUUCUCCCUCCGCCUCCCUCCGUGGCGGUGUUAUGGCCCCUUGCUGGAGCACAAAAGGGUCCCUUGCUUGGAGGUCAGCGCAGCUCCUGCUCCUCGUCGUCUCCUCCUGUUGCGGAAACAGUGCUCUUGCAGAACGUUCAGAAAAUGUGCAUAUUUCAGGAUUGUCAACUGCUUGUGGAGAUAUUCCAGAACAAAUUAGAGGUCCAACUGGGAUAAUUACUAGCCCAGGCUGGCCUAUUGAAUAUCCUGCCAGAAUCAACUGUAGCUGGUAUAUUCGGGCAAACCCAGGGGAAGUUAUUACAAUAAGUUUUCAGGACUUUGAUGUUCAGGGAUCACGGCGAUGCAGUUCCGAUUGGCUAACAAUAGGGGCCUACAAAAACAUGGAAGGUUACAGAGCUUGUGGGUCUUCUAUUCCAUCUCCAUACAUUUCUUCACAAGACCAUGUUUGGAUCCGAUUUCAUUCAGAUGAAAGUAUAUCAAGGAAAGGUUUCAGAUUGACUUAUUUUGCAGGGAAAUCUAAUGAGCCAAGCUGCGAUUGUAACCAGUUCCAUUGUGCCAAUGGGAAAUGCAUUCCAGAAUCUUGGAAAUGUAAUAACAUGGAUGAAUGUGGAGACAAGUCUGAUGAAGAAAUCUGUGCCAAAGCAAAUCCUCCAACUCUUCCUUCCUUCCAGCCAUGUGCAUACAACCAGUUUCAGUGUCUGUCUCGCCUCAAAGUUUAUACUUGCUUUCCAGAAUCUUUAAAAUGUGAUGGAAACAUUGACUGUCUUGAUUUUGGAGAUGAAAUAGACUGCGAUGUCCCGACUUGUGGACAGUGGCUAAAAUAUUUUUAUGGUACGUUCAAUUCUCCUAAUUACCCAGACUUUUACCCUCCAGGGAGCAAUUGCACUUGGUUGAUAGACACUGGGGAUCAUCGCAAAGUUAUUUUGCGUUUCACUGACUUUAAACUUGACGGUACUGGUUAUGGGGACUAUGUCAAAAUAUAUGAUGGACUGGAGGAGAAUCCUCGCAAGCUGUUGCGUGUUCUGACUGCAUUUGACUCUCAUGCCCCUCUUACAGUUGUUUCUUCUUCUGGUCAAAUCAGAGUGCAUUUUUGUGCUGAUAAGGUGAAUGCUGCAAGAGGAUUUAACGCUACUUAUCAAGUAGAUGGCUUCUGUCUUCCAUGGGAAAUCCCAUGUGGCGGAAACUGGGGUUGUUACACAGAACAACAGCGCUGUGAUGGCUAUUGGCAUUGCCCAAACGGAAGAGAUGAAACCAACUGCACCAUGUGUCAAAAAGAGGAAUUUCCUUGUUCUCGGAAUGGUGCCUGCUAUCCGCGUUCUGACCGCUGCAACUACCAAAAUCACUGCCCAAAUGGUUCAGAUGAAAAGAACUGCUUCUUUUGCCAGCCAGGGAACUUCCACUGCAAAAAUAAUCGAUGUGUGUUUGAAAGCUGGGUUUGUGAUUCUCAAGAUGAUUGUGGUGAUGGUAGUGAUGAAGAGAAUUGCCCGGUCAUUGUGCCCACCAGGGUAAUAACUGCUGCUGUCAUUGGUAGCCUUAUUUGUGGGCUGCUCCUUGUGAUUGCUUUGGGAUGCACUUGUAAGCUGUAUUCAUUGCGAAUGUUUGAGAGAAGAUCAUUUGAGACACAGUUGUCAAGGGUUGAAGCUGAGUUGUUAAGAAGAGAAGCACCUCCUUCUUAUGGACAGUUGAUUGCUCAGGGCUUAAUUCCACCUGUUGAAGACUUCCCUGUUUGUUCACCAAAUCAGGCUUCAGUUUUAGAAAAUCUGAGACUAGCAGUGCGAUCUCAGCUUGGGUUUACCUCCAUUAGGCUUCCAAUUGCUGGACGGUCAACUAAUAUUUGGAACCGAAUCUUUAAUUUUGCAAGAUCUCGUCAUUCUGGGUCCUUGGCAUUAGUUUCAUCGGAUGGAGAUGAUAUUACCAGCCAGAAUGCUAACAGAGAAGCUGAAAGAAAUGGCUCUCACCGAAGUCUCUUUUCAGUCGAAUCUGAUGAUACAGACACAGAAACCGAACGAAGAGACACAGCGGGUGCUGUCGGUGGCAUUGCUGCUGCUUUGCCUCAAAAAGUCCCUCCCGUGACAGCAGUGGAAGCCACUGUAGUCUGUGGAACUUCUUCAGUUCAGAAUACCAGCAGUGGUACGGAUAGCGGAAGGGAAGCAACUAGUGCAGAACACCCAAAUUCAAGUCCAGGACGCCAUCAGUUUUCUAGUGCACUUAGUCGUAUGACUCAAGGGUUACGUUGGGUACGCUUCACUUUAGGGAGAUCAAGUUCAGUAAAUCAGAACCAAAGUCCUUUGAGACAGCUUGAUAAUGGGGUGGGUGGAGGAAGAGAUGAAGAUGACGAUGUUGAAAUGCUAAUUCCAGUUUCUGAUGUAGCAUCAGACUUUGAUGUGAAUGACUGCUCAAGACCUCUACUUGAUCUCACCUCAGACCAAGGACAAGGGCUUCGACAGCCUUAUAGUACGACGCAUAAUGGAACACGGUCCUGUAAUAGAGAUGGUCCCUGUGAGCGCUGUGGGAUGGUACACACUGCUCAGAUACCUGACACUUGCUUAGAAGCAACACUGAAAAAUGAAACUAGCGAUGAUGAGGCUUUGCUACUUUGUUAAGAGUAUGGAUUGAAUGGGUGGAGUUGUAUGCAAGUUGGAGCAAUAUUGGUGAUUGUUUUGUACUUUGUAAUUAAAGAAAAACUGGGGGGGGGGGAUUGUUUAAGAAAAAAAAAUAAUCCAGGGCAAAACAUUUUAUUGUGCAUGACUUAAAUGAAUUUGUCCUGUGGGCAUAUAAUGCAAAAGUUUUCCCAGCUCAGCAUACGUAAUGUACGUCUUUUAUAAUGUGGUUAUUCUUUAAAGGUCAUCUUCUGAGGGCUUUUGCCACAGCUGCUUUUCCUCUUUGUGUUCUUAAAGCUUGUUUAGGGAACUGACCAGACACAGCAUCUUUAUAGUGUAUGAAAAUAACAAUUAACAAAAGAUCUUUGUAGAGUUCUGCAAUACACAUAUUCCACCCUUGUCAUCUGACAAGGGUCCAUGUUGAAGAACUUCAUAUGGCCAGCAUGCAUCUGUUGUUUGUUCCCUUACACAUACUUUAAGGAUUAAGGCAGGAUGAGAUAACAUGGGAAUGAUCCUCAGCAUCAGAUAAGUUUAACAUAGUGUGUAAUUCGCAACAGAAAUUUGGCUGCUCAGCUACUUCUGGCUGUGUACAACUCACUCCAGGUUGACUGGCUAGUUUGUACAGAAUAUUUAUUCCCCUUUGAAGUCAAAUCCAGUGUACUAUUGCCAAUAUAAUUUUACUAAAUGCUCGUUAUUGCUGGUUUUUUUCCUUUUGUGGUUUAUAAAAUUUUGUCUAAUUCUUAUUGAAUGUUAUGAUGAACUUUUUCAGAGAGAGGAGAGAAUUUCUCCAACACACUAUAUAUUUUUUUUUCUUUUAAGAGUUCAAAAAGCAGUUAAUUUGGAUAAAAUGAGGGCAAAAAAAAUCUUUUGUAGUUUUUAUAACAUUGACUUUAAUAAGUUGGUCUACAGUGGUACAACCAAAAGGUGUAAAAAUCAAAGUAACUUUUCCAUCUAUCUUUUAAGAUAGAUAGCUGAAGCAGUUAAAAUAUGCAUUAAUUCUUGUAAAUAAUGUGUUUGUUUGUUUUUUCUAAAAAAGCUGAAACAGGUACAUGUUACUCAAGAAAAUAUGUUUCAACUGCUAAUGAUUUUAUUCCUAAUAGGGUUUAAAUUUGUUUUGGUCUAAAGGGAUUUGCACUAAAAUUAAAGUCUCUGAAGAGCUUAGUGCACAAGCACUAUCACUUUAUUAUUCUCUAAUACAGCAAUGAUCAUAUUCUAUUUCUAUGGCUCUGGUUUUAGGUUCUUGCUUUCAUCAGUCAUUGUUGCUGCAAUUGAAUUUCCUUUGCUUUACUAAUUUCCUAUUUAUUCAUUGUGUAUUUAAGAGCUGGUUUAUUUGACAUCAGUUUGUUGUGCUUUUUUUUUAAAGAAUCAUGUAUUUCAAAGUUUUUAUUUUUGUUUGUUUCAUCACAUUGUUGGUGCAAAACACACCAUUGGGGGACAAAUGUUCAUAGCUUACAAUUUUGUGACCAGCAGGUGGUUGUUGUUGCUACUAGAUGAUAUCGAGAACCUACAUCUUUUGAGAAGGUUAAAUUUGUCAGUUGCUGUUCUAUUUAUUCUUUGCCAGUCUAAGUAGGCUUAAUGAUUUAGUAUAAAAAAGUAUUUUUGUGUGACUGUAUGCUAUUUAUUAAAUUUCAUAUAAUUUUGCUGAA